CGGCGUUUGCAAAUUCCUCCGGUUUGAAGAACAUUUUCGAAAUGCUCCGUUAGUUAGUGUGGUCAAUCGGCUGAACCGUAGAAAUAAAACCGCGUUUUCAAAUUUCUUGGGCGCAGUGUGGACGGUGCCUAAGCCUCCCUCUUUUUAAAAAGCCUUUUGGAUGAAGAUACUUAUACAAGCCUCCCCCUUCCCUGUUACGCCUCCAUGCCUUCUCUUUAUUUCCUACACAGCCAAUUGCCAGAAUUUUAAUACGCAAGAAUGCACUUCUUGGGACAAUAGCAGAAUGCUUUGUGCUCUUAACACCAAAACACCCGCAAAAGGUCUGAUGGCAGGUUAAAUUCUACAUUUUUAUUCUUUCUCGACAGCUAACAUGGAUUAAGGCUUGAUUGUCGCUUACUCAGAACAAAGGGAUUUCAGCGUACAAACGAUGAUGCGCAGGGUGAACCAAUUCUUGAUGUUACUUUUUGCAUUUUAGACGCGAUGUGGUCUGGCUUUAUGAUAAGCAGGUUGCGUUGGACAACAAUAGACAUCCGUUUACAACAGCGCGUGGCCAUAUAGCGUUGUUAAACCAGUGAUGUUUGACGAUUCCUUGACAAAUGAUCUGGUACGUGGUAGGGAAUAUUGCUGACAAUUUACUCAGGUAAAUAUAAGAAUUCGAUUUGAUUUAAAGAUAAAUAUGUUCGUAAUUGAUAGACCACGAGAGACCAAACACUGCAUUGAAAGCAACUUCUUGGCCAUGAGUUGCUCAACAGGUUCUUCGUGUAAAGUAUCUCUAACUCCUGGUAAAAAUGGUAUAUGUUUGUAUAGCCUUAUCUCUUGUUGUCCUUUCAGAGGGAGAGUGUAAUUAUCUAGCUCGAGAGAACUCUAGCAGCAAUGUGACAUUUUAUGAACAAAAUACCACCGUAAGUCAAAACACAAAAUGUUAACGAGCUUUUAAUUCAAUAUUGAAUUUCUGACUGGUUGAUAAUUCUUCAGGAGUGAACAAAGGCGACUGGUGCAUGAAUUUUCAUCAGAUGCUAAAUAAGCUCAAGGACACUUCCUUUCCAUGGCCACGAAAUGGAAUCAAGUUUGGACAAUGAAACGUAGUGGGUACACGUAAUUUGUUUUAUACGCUUAAAAUCGUUAAGUUCCUUACAGCUUGAAAGACUAAGGGCGACUGAAUGGGAAAACUGACCCUGAAUUGUCAGAUACGAGCUGUCUGUUACAUGUUUUAGUUUAAAUGCUUAUAAUAUUGAGAAAGCAAGAGAGGAUGAAGAGUAACAGAAUUAAUCCCCAUAACGAGGCAUUCCCUGGGAAGUUCCUCUCAAGUUAUUUUUAGAGAUCGUACCAAGUCCUUCCGCCGAUGAUGUAACCAAGCGUAGAGUGUAAAUGUUUCCCUAGCGGAUGAAACUUUGUGUAUAAUAAGCCGCUUAGGCUUUCUGCAUUAUUAAAACUUUCAUCGCAGCUAUGAUUGGCUAUUUCUAAACCUUCCUUAGAAUUUCCAAAACCGGGAGUGAUCUGAAAUAAAUAACGUUAGAGGGAUUGCCGUUAGAAAAUAACGACUCUGUAUGGGGGAUUAACUCUCUUGUUCUUCAUCUUCUCUUGCAAGAAGCUAUGACUGAGAGGAAAAAUGUUUUAGAUUAAAGGUCGUAAGAGAAAACGUCAUGCUACAUAUUGCCGGCAGGUUUUGGAUAUCUGCCCGUUAGUAGACAUUUUGAUGCAUUGAUGUACAAAAAGGUGCUUAAAAAAGAAACUUCCAUUACAUUUUAUAAGACUGAAGUCUCUUUUUAUUUUGUUUCCAAACAGCGCUGAAAGACUAUAUGAGGAUAAUUGUUUCCACAGCUAUCAUUUUAAGCCUUUUAGCCGUGAUAUUUUACUGGAAAAGCUGUUCUCUCGAUGUGCAAUAUCAUUAUAUACGAUUUACCGAUGCAAAUCGACUGUUGUACAAAUACAGGGGAAACAGCAAUCGAUCAGGCAAAUGCCACAAUGUAUUAAAUCUGAUGAGAAAUGCUAAAUGGAUCAAACGUCGAAACCUUACUUCAGUUGAUGAAAUUCAGCAAAGUCUUACAGAGGUUCAGAUUCGAAAAAAACGUGGGAUACCGAUAAUACUACACAGGAGCGACUUGCGAUGUGGCGGCGCGCCGUUUUUUCUACAUUCACCUCGGUUUGGUUAUCAACUUCCCGCCCUCUGUGACAUAAACGGAUCGGCGCCUUGCUGCAAUCACGUGACGAGGUCGUGCGGAAUCGACCGAGACCACUGUAACUGCGAUCAAUGCACUGACUUCAGGAAAGAAAUUUCAGCCGAGCUGUUUGACUGGAUUCCGAUACUUAAUGGCUGCAAAUUUACCAAUUUCAGCAGUGAAGAAGCUUGCAGGCUCAUGUCGGACAGGAUUUCAAGAUUGGUUUUGAUAGGUGACUCUUUAGUUAGACACCUCUUCAAUGCAUUGAUGAUUUUAUUUACAAACGAUCACCAACGAGGAAGCCUCAACUUAACCCGUGAUCAUCACGUGGAUCAUGGGAUAGAGAACUGCGAGGGUGUUAUGCAAUUUGUCGAUGGCGGAUCCACCUCAUGUCACACAAAAACAGUGACAAGUAUUCCUUUGGAUACCCAAAGAUCAUUUUGUAGAGGACAAAACAAAUUUGAUAUCUAUUUCAAAGAGUACUAUAACAUGGACAAAGCACCAGAUAUUUUGGCAACCGUUCGUCAAAAUCUUAACAAAGAGAAAACAAUCAUUGCUAUCGGGGUGGGACUUCAUAUAGAUUUAAACGCAGAGAAAGUGCAAAAGUAUAUUAUAGAACCUGUACUAGAAAUUAAGAAAUCUUCUGGCUCAAUAUGGCCGUAUAUAUUAUUGAUUUCAGUGCACGCCCACGGAAGCCUUAAGGAUACAUAUUACAAUAUUCCAUCCCAUAACGACCGAAUAGCAAGUUUUAACUUAGACAUGGAGAAAUAUCUCUCAGCAUUUGGUAUUCCAGUGUUUGAUACUUUUAAUUUGACUCGCGGUGUUCGGAGUAUUGAUGGUACACAUUUUGGAAUGGGUAUAAACAUGAUGAAAGCACAGCUUUUCCUGAAUUUCAUAAAGGAAACAUUCUAGAAUAUAUUGCGGGGAUUUAUGUUCUUGGUCAACAACUUACACAAACAUCAGGCGACGAAAAAGAUGUCGACCACGAUCGAGUGACAAAUGAUGGUGAAGAUAGCAUCUUAAGGUUCUUAAGGGUCCUAUAGCGAUGUAUUUGAAUUGUGCGUUGCGGGAUUUCCCAAGGCAAUGACCAUUAAUUGUUUAGCAAAAGACAAGUUAAUUGUUUAUUUAUCAAUAGCCCAUGCAGAGACAUCUAAUAAAUCAAUUACCCUACUUAGGAAUAAGAUGCAUGUAAUGUAAUGCAAUGUUAAUAUUGUAACAAUAAUUUAUUUACAUUUUUAAAUAGUUUUUGAAAAAUAAUUAAAAAACCUGGCUAGUGUUUAUAAUCCCCCUUAAAUGGAACAGUGCGGUACAUAAGCUUAUUGAAGUUUAGUUCUGUCCUUACAGUGGUCCAGUAGCCACAAGUACCUACUACUCACACCUAUUGUGGUAACAUAGUCUCCAGAUGGAAAUAUUGCCGUAUUGAAUCCGACAAACGUGUAAUGUUUUCAGCGUAACAGGCUAUAAUAAGUAGAAUAAGUGUACUUAAAACGAACUCAGUUUUCUCCCAGGAUUUGCUGUUUUGUCAGUGAAAGAGUGAGGUAUGUACAUGUGCAUAUGUGUCUGCGGUUAUUCCACCAAAAUGGAGGAUAAGGUACCAUUCCUCAGCUACCAUGCAGUAAGCUGUUAUGAUGUGAAAUCUCAGCAGUUAGUUAAAAAGAAAAAAAAAAAUCAAAAACAAAAAAACAAACGAAACAUUUCCGGCAGCUAACAGUUAGCAUUUUCACCAAUUGUCAGCUUAGUUAACCCCACCCAAGCCCUCAAAAAUUUAGCUUUAAAAUUACAUAUAGCAUAACAAAAUUGGUUGCAUAUAACAUAAGCUGGUCGUUUUUAACAUAAUCAUGUCAAAAAUGGCCAUUUUUAGAGCAGUCAAAAAUGGGCUUAAAUGUCUGGAUAAAUGCUCAGAAAAUGUACAAGCUUUUUAGUUUUUCGUCAGCAAAUGUAAUUGACGUACUGGGCUCUUAUGAUCAUGUUGACUUCUUCUAAGAAGUCGAGGGACAUUUGUACAAGCUUCCAGCAUAAUUUGUACCGGAAGUGGACUAUUUGACGUCACAGUUGCCAAUCGAGUAGAUUAAUAACAUAGGUGACAAAUUAGUCCUUACUUUUGGCACGAAAUUUCAGCGUUAAUUUCUAAAUUCAC